CAUCUCUACUUCUGUUAUCUAGUACUAUAUAUACUAGGGUUCAUUUACUCUUUUUUACAUCACUUUAUUACCUGAUUUUAGCAUUCUUUGCUACUUUUAGAACUUCUAAGUAACAAUUAAUUGUUCAAUCAUAAGUUUUGCUGUGUGGGUUUAGUGGGGUUUUUACAUUUUUCAUGGCUUCAAUACAUUUCUCUUUUGUUCUUGAUUGUUAUGAACCCAAGAAGCUGAAUUUGUAUGUAAAUUCUGGUCAUUUUUUUGAUCGUUCACCUGUUACCCACUUCCUAAAUUCUGCAAAUGGAAGUGGGUCUUGUGUAAAUUAUGCCAUUACCAAGGUGAAACAUGUAAAAGCUUCUCGUUUUGAUUCGGAAUUAGUAGAUUAUUCAGUGAAUGUUGGUCAGGUUGAUGGUGUUGUUGGGUCAUUUAGGAAUGAUUUAGAGGGUGAGAAGUCAACCUCUUUGGAUAGGAAUUCUGUGAGUGUGCAGAGGUUUCGUCGUAAAGAGAAGCAAAACUUGAAGAAGCUUCAUCUUGUAGGAAAAUGUAAUGUGAAAGAAGAGGAUGUUUGUCAUGAACUAGAUGUUGGUGUUUAUGGUAUUAGGCCUGAGUCGAGCAUAGCCUCUUUUAAUAAGAUUUUAAGAGGUCUUGAAAGGGGUGAAGAUAGUAAAGCAAUGAGAUUCUUUGACUGGAUGAGAAGAAACGGGAAGUUACAAGGAAAUGUGAUUGCUUACAAUUUGGUUUUACGGGUAGUGGGAAGAAGAGGUGAUUGGGAUGCGGCAAAGAAAUUGAUCGAAGAGAUGAAAUUGGAAUCAAGGUGUGAGCUACAGUUUCAGGUUUUUAAUACGAUAAUUUAUGCUUGUUCUAAGAAGGGACUUGUGGAUAUUGGUGCUAAAUGGUUCCGUAUGAUGUUGGAGUAUGAUGUGGAGCCUAAUAUUGCAACUUUUGGUAUGCUUAUGAGUUUGUACCAGAAGGGUUGGAACGUUGAGGAGGCAGAGUUUGCAUUUUCCCAAAUGCGAAGAUUAAAUAUUAGAUGUCAGUCUGCAUACUCCGCAAUGAUCACAAUUUACACCCGGUUUGGUUUGCAUAACAAGGCAGAAGAGGUUAUCGAUCUAUUGUUCAAGGAUACAGUUGUUCUGAACCUUGAGAAUUGGUUGGUUACGCUAAAUGCUUAUAGCCAACAAGGGAAGCUAGAAGAAGCUGAGGGUCUAUUGGUUUCAAUGCAUGAAGUAGGCUUUCCCCCAAAUAUAGUUGCAUAUAAUACAGUGAUCACUGGGUAUGGAAAGAUAUCCAAUAUGGAUGCUGCUGAACAGAUGCUCCAGAACCUACGAAAUGUGGGCCUGGAGCCUGAUGAAACAACUUAUAGGUCCAUGAUUGAAGGUUGGGCUAGAUCUGGGAACAGCGAGAAAGCAAAAUGGUAUUAUAAUAGACUCAAGGAUCUGGGGUUCCCACCAACUUCCUCUAAUUUGUACUCCUUGAUAAACUUGCAAGCUAAAGAUGAGGAUGAAAAUGGUGCUAUUGCAAUUCUUGAUGAUAUGAUGAAGUUGGGCUGCCAACCUUCCUCCAUUCUUGGCACUCUUAUACAAGCUUACGAAAAGGUUGGAAGGCUUGAUAGGCUGCCUCAAAUUUUGAGGGGUUCUCUUUAUAAUCAUGUGCGAAUCAACCAGACUGCAUGCUCAAUAUUGGCUAUGGCAUAUGUAAAGCACAACCUGGUGGAUGAUGCAGUAAAACUUUUAAAACAUAAGCAUUGGAAGGACCCUGCUUUUGAAGACAACUUGUUCCAUUUGUUAAUUUGUUCUUGCAAGGAACUGGGCUAUCUGGAAAAUGCUGUCAAAAUAUAUACCCAUAUGCCGAAGUCUGAUUUCAAAUUCAAGCCGAACAUGCAUAUUCUUUCAACAAUGAUUGACAUCUACAGUAUUAUGAAUCAAUUUUAUGAAGCAGACAGCACUUACCAGCGAUUGAAGUCCUCAGGACUCGUGAUGGACAUGGUUGCCUACAGUAUUGUUGUCAGGAUGUAUGUGAAAUUUGGACAUCUAGAAGAUGCUUGCUUUGUUUUGGAUGACAUGGACAAACAAACAAACAUCAUUCCUGAUAUUUAUUUGUUCCGUGACAUGCUUCGUCUGUACCAAAGAUGCAAUGAACGAGAUAAGUUGGCAGACUUGUAUUAUAAGAUUCUGAAGAGUGGAGUGAACUGGGACCAGGAAAUGUACAAUUGUGUCAUAAAUUGCUGUGCUCAUGCUCUGCCUGUUGAUGAGCUUUCCAAGAUCUUCGGUGAGAUGAUUCAACGAGGCUUCACACCCAACACUAUCACCUACAAUGUUUUGCUUGAUGUCUAUGGGAAGUCCAAACUUUUCAAAAAGGCAAGAGAAGUCUUUCGGAUGGCUAAGAAACAGAGAUUGACUGAUGUGAUAUCUUACAAUACUCUUAUAGCAGUAUAUGGUCAAAACAAAGACUUCAAGAAUAUGAAAAGAACUAUGCGACUGAUGCAGUUCAAGGGCUUUGCUGUGUCCCUUGAAGCUUACAAUUGUAUGUUGGAUGCUUAUGGAAAAGGACGUCAAAUGGAGAAUCUUAGAGAUGUCUUGCAAAGACUUAAGGAGUCAAGUUACUCUUCAGACCAGUAUACAUACAAUAUUUUGAUGAACAUAUAUGGGGAACAAGGAUGGAUUGAGGAAGUUGCUGCAGUGUUGACAGAGCUAAAAGAAUAUGGUCCAGGACCAGAUUUAUACAGCUAUAACACAUUGAUAAAGGCAUAUGGCAUUGCAGGAAUGGUUGAAGAAGCUAUCGCCGUGGUUAAAGAAAUGAGAGAUAAUGGGGUAGAACCUGAUAAGAUUACUUAUCUCAACUUGAUAUCUGCAUUGCGCAGGAAUGACAAGUUUCUGGAGGCUGUUAGAUGGUCAUUGUGGAUGAAGCAAAUGGGAUUGAGCUGAAGAAGUGAAGAAGACAGGGCCAUGGUUUUAUAGCCCCAACUAAAGCUGUUGCUGCUGGUCUGCUAGUCCCUUCAUUGCGAUGCUGUUCAAUUGAAUGGCAAAAAGGGCAUCCUGGUGCUACUACAGAAUUUUGCAAGGUUUUAUG